AUGGUCCUUGUCCUGCACAGACACAAGGAGAGGGUGCGACACAUCCAUAGCCGGGUUACCUCCCGAAGACCUGACCACGAGGCCAGGGCCAUGCGCACCAUCCUGACCCUGGUAAGCAUGUUCGUCUCCUUCUACUGCCUGUCUGCCAUUUGCAGUCUUUUUGUUGGUUUAGAUAUAGAAGUGAUGACCCAAGCUGACAUGGUAAUGGGGGUUGCCUUCCUCAUUCCAACUGCAGCAGGGCUUCUGGGGAACUCCACUCUCCUUUGCCUCUACAGCUAUACCCUACUCACUGGACAGAAGGUGAGGCCCACAGACCCCAUCCUCAACCAUCUGGUCUUUGUUAACAACUUGGUUGUUUUAUCCAGAGGGAUCCCUCAGACAAUGGCAGGCUUUGGAUGGAAGAACUUCCUGGAUGAUACUGGAUGUAAAAUUGUUUUGUAUUUCUUCAGAGUAGCCAGAGGGAUUUCUCUUAACACCACCUGCUUUCUGAGUGGCUUCCAGGUCAUAAAGCUUUGCACUAGAAAUUCUUGGUGGAAGAUCAGCACUAGAUUCCCCAGAUGCUUUGGCUUCUGUGCUUCCCUUUUCUGGAUCCUGCAGCUCCUGCUAAAUUUUUCUGUGCCUCUGAAGGUGAUUGGCCCAAGACAUAAACAAAAUGUCACUGUGCACCUGCGUUAUAGAUACUGCUCCACAGUCCCACCACAACCAUUGGGAACUUUAUUACAUGCAGUCUUAUUAUUUCUCAGUGAUGUUGUAUGCUUGGUUUUCAUGAUCUGGGCCAGUGUCUCCAUGGUUCUUUUCCUGCACAGACACAAGGAGAGGGUCCAACACAUCCAUAGCCGAAUUCCCUCCCGAAGACCUGACCACGAGGCCAGGGCCACGUGCACCAUCUUGACCCUGGUGAGCAUGUUUGUCUCCUUCUACUGCCUAUCUGCCAUUUCCACUGCUUGUAUUAGUCUAAGUAAAUUGCCACGCCUGUGGCUGGUGGACACUUCUCUGUUCCUAGGUGUAGGUUUCUCAGUACUGAGCCCCUUUGUGCUCAUCAAUAGAGACACCCGUCUCACUCAGGUUUUUAUAUCUGCACUAAAGACAUGUUUCCAUAAUUUGGUUAACUUCCACUACAUCAGAUUUUACAGUUGA